AUGACUGAUCAAUCUCGACAAACUCCUUUAUCUUCCACAAGACCAUCAGGUGAACAUAUUUAUACAAAACUACAAGUACAGUUUGGUGGUGAUGUUCAAGAAAUUGUUUUGAAAACAGAAAAAGAACCAACAUGUGGUGAUUUAGCUAAACAAUUACAACAUAUAUAUCGUAUUACAAUUGAUAAUCAAUUGAUUUAUUAUCGUGGUCAACGACUUCAUCAUCGUCAUUCAGAAAAUUAUGAUCGUACUCUUUCAAAAUAUGGAAUUUUUUCAGGAAAUUUAAUUAAAUUAAUUGGCAAACGCGGAUUACUUUAA